CUCCACUCGUUGCUUGGGAUUCCUCCGCUCGCGGCAAAAACCUCCGACCGAGCAGAUAAGGCGCGGCCACCACCCCCGACCACCGCCACCGGCCAUGGUCGGCGUCGCCGCCGGCUUCGCGUUCGCGCCGGCCGUGUCCCGGCGACUGCCCUACAGGCCGUGCUGCUCCACCGCCCACGCCUCGGUACCCUCGUCCUCGGCGCGGUCGUCGCUGGCCGCGCGGCAGGGGCGGCCGCGGCGGCUCGUCGCCGUCGCGCGCUACUCCGCGUACGGGAGCGACGAGGAAGACGACGAGGAGGGCGGGGGCGGGCGGCGGGACCGCCCCGAGCAGGAGCAGGACCCCGCCCUCGACAUCGAGCGCAUCCAGUCUUCGACCGUCAGGCUGCUGGAUGCCCAGAAAAAUAUGGUUGGUGUUAUAUCUGUAAGCGAGGCAGUUCGAAUCGCAGAUGAAAAUGAUCUUAUGCUGGCAAUAUUGUCACUAGAUGGAGAUCCUCCAGUACUCCGACUCUUUGAAGAGAAAGAUUACAAAAAACACAAGUACGAACAACAGAAGAAGAAAAGAGUUCAGCAGAAAAGAUCCGUUGCAAAACGCAUGGGCUUGAAAGAGCUGAAAAUGGGGUACAACAUUGAUAUCCAUGAUUAUAGUGUGAGACUUAGAGCUGCAAAGAAAUUUCUUAAAGCCGGUGACAAGGUUAAGAUAGUGGUGAACUUGAAAGGUCGGGAGAACUUGUACAAAAAACAAGCGAUUGAACUUCUCAGAAGAUUCCAAACUGAUGUUGGUGAGCUAGCGACAGAAGGAAGUAAGAAUUUUGCAGAGAGGAAUAUAUAUUUGAUUCUUGUACCCAAUAAACUAGCCAUACAGAAAGAACAAGAUGGGGUGAGCAAAAAGGACACUGUGGAAGGAGAGACGGACCAAUCAGAGGAUGAAUUGGACGAGGACGACACUGUGAUCGAACAACUGGAGGGAAGUAGUUUGGAUGGGGAUGAGCUCGUGAUAGAACAACUGGAGGAAAGUAAGGAACCUGAGACAGAAGUCUCAGCAAAUGUUUGAUUUAGCUGUAAAGCCCAAGGGCGCCGUCUCUGAUUUUAGAAGGUACCAAUACUGUUCAUGUAAAUACAAGGAUGGUGCUAUUGUACUUGUACUCGCCGCCCUUGCCUGAUAAAACAGAAUAGCUAUCCACCACCGUCGUUGCCUGGGGAGUCAGACAGAACAAAAAGCUGUGAUAUCAAGAAGCUGGGGGCUACCAUCUGAACAUUUUGGUUUUGGGGCCUCGGAUUGUACCAACAGAAUCUACUAAACGGCUUGGGAAGUUCGCUUGUAUUGCCUGAUGUGGCAUUGUUGUCAGCAAGGUUUUGUUUUGGCGCUGUUGUUCGCAAAUCCUAGUCGGUGUUGUGGAGAAGAUCAGUAGUCAUAUCUUGUUUAUCAAAUGGUUGCCUUCGGAUUUUUUGGACAUUUGGCUGGAAGUGCCUAAGAAGAGGGAGUGUCUGCUAGUCACUGUGUGGGCAGUAAUUUCUAUCUAGUUUUCAUUUUUCAAGUAUAAAUACAUUUUUUUGUGUGUGCGCUGGUAUGUGUCUGCAACUGUUCCAUAAAACCGAAGCUAUCUUGCUCAUUUGGUCAA